GCAUGGUAGAACGCAGCGUGAAAUUGCGACAGGCGUAGCAUGACCACGUUCACAAUAGCAGGCCUGCUACACGCCAAUAACGAAAUGUCUCCAAGAAAAAGUACUGGAAGUAAAACACUAAUUUUCUGACAAGUAAAAUUAGUCCUUCGUUUUAUACAUUCAAUUUUCAAAUUUCUUUAUCUUGUUGGUACACGUUUUCCUGAACUGUGGAAACAGAUAUCUAGUUGUCAUGGCACUUCUAGUAGCAAGAUUUAUAAGAAAAGUUAUUGUAAAAUUAAUAAAAACUUGCCCCGAAGUGUUUGAUGUAGGAAAGAGUAACUCCGAAAGUGAGUAUAGAUACAUCUGUGAUUAUUUAACAAUGUCUUCAGAAGGACAUGGAAUAGCAAGAGGAUAUUAUGGUUUGCCAACAUACCCUGCAUACAUAUCUGGAUUUGAUCCUCUAACUGUGCUUGCUGGACUUGCUUUCCUUGCUUUCCUGUUGCAAACACUGUAUGCACUGUUGUACAGGACUCCACAGCCUAGUGCCAUAACUCCAGUAGCUGUAUCCCGUUCAGUGUCUCCAGGAAUCUCAGACUUAAUGGAUAGGGUUUUAAGAGCAAUACAAAAGUAUGAUGAAUUAAACAAUCAACAUGAACAAGACGGUUCUUGGUUUUUACCAUACUUGAAAGCUGUCUCUGGCUUUAUGUCAAAUUUAUGGUUCUCAGCUCAGAACAAAACCUGUUUUGAAAAGUCUUGUAAAUUUCUCAGAUAUUAUAAUGAGAAGAUCAAACAAUAAUACUUACAAUGAGUAUAUUGUAAUAGAUUCUUUGUACUUAGCAGUAAUUAUGUCAGUAAUGGCAAACACAUAAAAAUGGAAUCAAUCGUGUUCUGACUUUUGUGCAAUCACAAGAGAAAACAUGGUAAAUAAAAUGCCAGAAUCCUAGCAACAUAUAAAAAGCAUGAUGUACAGCUAACAAAAGCCACAUAAAGAAGUUAUUUAUGUGACUUAAACCAAUGCAAUGUGAAACAAAUUAGCAAAUAA